AUGUCGUUCCGCGACGAUUGGCCCAAGAUGCCUGAUGGCCGCGACUUCGAUGGCCGACAUCUGCUCACCCUAGUCCGCAGUGGUAACAGUCCGUUCCAGGACAAGUGGGAUGUGAACCUCCUCAUUCAGGAAAUUGAGGAGAAUCUCGGCGCCCAGGUGGUUGACAUUCCCUUCGUUUCCAAGGGCUCCAACAACUAUUCUUGCCUUCUCGCUCAGGCAGCUCACAUCCGCGCAUCGCUGUACAAAUUCCAUGUCCCGCCCAGCUUCGCUUCUGCCUGGCUCCGCGAACGCCUGUUCGAGCAGAAGCCAGAAUCGUUUCCCGUUCCCGUUGCUCCCACGCGCGAGUUCUGCGUUGCCCUCUUUACGUCCAAGAUCGAAGCAACCAUCAAAAAUGUCGGUGACAUGAUUGGGUGGGAAGACGACCAUAACACGGUCGGUCCGGUGGCUGCAGCAGCCAAGCAGUCCCUGCUUCGCCUCAUCCCGCACAUAAUACCUACCGGCGAUGAUGAAAACCUCCUAUACCGGUUCGUUAUCGACCACGGCGACUUUGGCGUUCACAACAUCUCGGUUACAAUGGAUGCGAACAACCAGCCUCUUGCCACGUCCUUGUACGAUUGGGAGACCGGCUGCAUUGUGCCGGCCAUCUUGUCCGACCCGCUGAUGGCGGUGACCGUCGACCUGGUGACGGAUGAAGAUGCGGCGCCCGCCGUGACCCGCUUGUCGCCCGUCGUUGCGGCGGAUGAGCUGGAGGAAUUCGCGACAUGGUCGAGGCUGUGCUUUGAGGCCCUCUUCCGCGAAGCACCUGACUACAAGCGCGCUAUCCAGGCUGGCAAGGACGCGCGCCACCUCUGGUUCGCGCUGCGAGACUGGCGUGGCGACGACCCAGAGGGCUAUUUUGGCGAUCUGGGAGCUUGGGCUGAGAAGAGGAUGAAGGAGCUUGGUGUGACGCGAGAAGUCGACUGAGCCAUUGUUCACGCUGCAGUUCGAGACAGGUAGAGUCCGCAAGUCCCUGUCUGCUACCCUAUCUGUGUCCAAGCCGGGCACUGAAUGACGGCUUCCCGGGGGGUCUAUUCCCCAUGACCUUUAAGGCUCCGGCUCCGUCCAAACUGUUCGCCCAGGAGGGAAAUUUUGAAGCUAUCGGGCCGGUGUACGAAGUAGACGGGCUCACCGUUGCGGAAGUCGUGCGACUCCAAUGGGCUGGCAUUCGAGCGUGUUUCUUCUACCUUACCUCCAUACCUUGCAUGUACAUACUGGGGCGGGGCAAAAAAACGUACAGCACCGGG